AUGAGAUCAGAUCCGAACACUAGAAAAUCCGACGCCCUCUGUGAGUUCCACCAGGAACGUGGGUACAAAACAGAAGAUUGCAUCCUCAGACAAGAAGCCGUAAACAUGUUGCGACAAGGGCAUCUCAGAGAGCUGUUAAGCAAUAAGGGGAGAAACAACUUCGCCAGAGGAUGUGAACAUCAUGGCCCACCAAAGCCGCUAUCGCUAGCCUGCAUUAUCAACAUGAUAAUCGGCGGUGGCGACGACUCUAUCAAUGACGUAAACUUCACUACUACUUACAAGCUCAAAUGGUCUAUCACGCGCGAACAACACGACGGACUCGAAGAAAGUAUCAUCUUCAACGAGUCGGAUGCCGACGAUUUGACUUUUCCUCAUAAUGAUGCCCUCGUUAUUACUUUACGCAUUUUAGAUACCGAUGUGAAAUACAUCAUGGUGGACGAUGGAAGUGGCACAUGCAUUAUCCAUCCCCGAGUCCUUACCCAAAUGAGACUCGAUGAUAAGAUAGUGCCGCGCCGUAUCACGCUAAAUAGUUUUAAUAAUGUAGUUGAGCGGACAUCCGGGGAAAUUACACUCAUCGUCUUGGCCGGGGGCGUGACUCUAGAGAUGACAUUCCAUAUCAUGGAGCAGGCUACCACGUAUAACGCCAUCGUGUUACGACCAUGGGUACAUCCCAUGAGAGCCAUCCCUGCAGCCUAUACCAACCAUACAGAUAUGCCGGGCAUCCCAAAGAAAAUUGCUACACACAAAUUAAAUGUCGACCCAUUCAACCCCAGUAAGACAGGUCAGGCAUAA